GGUGGGUAGGGUAGGGCUGGGGGUGAGAGUGCUAUCUGCCCGAUCAUGGUGAGGCAUGUGUCAGUCACUGGCUGAUCACAGUGAUGGAUAUGGGUGUUGAUACCAGCAAAGCCAAGGCUUUCAAUCGCCUGAAACCCAAUGAUUCCCAUUUGCUGGUUGUCCUGACGUCUGGUUUACAAGCUCCCAAACACAGAGGCAAAGAAACUGCCGGAAAUCGAACCCAGAUCCUCUGGCUUGUGAGGCGAGUGCUGUAACGUCCCACUCUGUACCCUCAGGACAAUGAGGAAGUGGCUGAAGGUUGCGCUGGGGCUGCUGGUGGCCGGGGUGACCCUGGGCCUGGCUCUGACCCUGGGACUGACCCUGGGCCUUGGUUCCGCAUCUACCCCCAACACCUACAGCCACGCUGUGGUCGCUUCCGACACCAUCACCUGUUCCCAGGUCGGCAGGGACUUCUUGCAGAUGAACGGCUCGGCUGUGGACGCCGCCAUCGCCAGCCUCCUGUGUGUCGGCCUCAGCAACGUGCACAGUAUGGGCAUCGCUGGGGGCCUGAUGAUGGUUAUAUACAACGCCAACACAGGAAAAACUGAGUUCAUUAACUCCAGAGAAGUGGCUCCAGGAAAUGCAACUGAGGACAUGUUUGGGAACGACACUCAACUGUCACUCAAAGGAGGUCUGUCCAUCGCGGUUCCCGGGGAAAUACGAGGAUACCAACUCGCCCACAAGAGACAUGGCCGGUUACCGUGGAAAUUGCUGUUUGAGCCGAGCAUCAAACUGGCCAGAGACGGAUUCCCUGUUAGUGCAGCGCUUGGCAAAGCCAUAAAGCAAUAUCAGCAAGACAUCGAGAGGGACCCAGCGCUGUGUGAGGUGUUUUGCAAUUCCAACGGGAAAAUACUCCAGGAAAAUGACAUCAUCAGAUUCCCCAAAUUAGCUGAAACCUAUCAGAUUCUGGCCGAAGAAGGGCCUGAUGCCUUCUACACCGGAUCCCUGUCACAGCAGAUAGUGACCGAUAUCAGGAAGGCAGGUGGAAUCGUAACCCUCAAAGACCUGGCAGACUACAAGGCUGAGCUGUCAGAGGAUUUGCUCAGCUUCCCACUGGGUGACUACACACUGGUCACCCCCAACGCUCCAUCUGGGGGACCUGUGCUCGGCCUCAUCCUCAACAUUCUGAAGGGUUAUCAUUUCUCUCCGGAAAGUGUUUCCACAGCGGCCAAGAGGGCCCUGACAUCCCAUCGCAUCGUCGAAGCCUUUAAAUUUGCCUUUGCAAAGAGGAGUAUGAUGGGAGACCCACGAUACGUUAACAUCACCGAGCUCAUCUCCAAUAUGACCUCAGAAUAUUUUGCAUCUCAGCUUUGGGAUAAAAUCACGGACAACACCACACACCCAGUGAGUUACUAUGAGCCAGAAUUCUACACACCGGACAGUCACGGCACCUCUCACCUCUCGGUGGUGGCACAGGACGGAGGCGCAGUGUCAGCCACCAGCACCAUUAACCAAUACUUUGGCUCAAACGUGAGGUCAACGACGAACGGGAUCCUGUUUAAUGACGAGAUGGAUGACUUCUCCUCCCCUUUCAGCAUCAACGGCUUCGGGGUCCCCCCGAGCGAAGCCAACUUCAUCCGCCCAGGGAAAAGGCCCCUGUCCUCUAUGUGCCCAGCCAUUAUAUUGGACAAACAGCAAAGGGUGAAGAUGGUGGUGGGAGCUUCAGGAGGAACCAAGAUCCCCACAGCAACCGCUCUGGUGAUCAUGAACGUGCUAUGGUUUGGUUAUGACGUGAGGAGAGCUGUGAACGAACCGCGAUUCCACAAUCAACUCUUACCCAAUGUGACAUUGGUUGAAAAUGACAUCCAAGAGGCGGUGACAGCCGGGCUGAGGGAGAGGAACCAUUGUGUCGAGAUGACCCCCGACACCCUGGCGGUAGUCCAGGCCAUCGUGCAGAGCGGAGAUGUGUGGACAGCGCAGUCAGACCCUCGCAAGGGGGGCCAACCUGCAGGUUACUGAGCCCCCUCUUCCCCCACUAACCCCUC